UUACUAGUGACUCUCCGCCUCGAUGGAAGAGAGAGAGGACGGUGUUGACAGUUCCUCCGCUGUGGAUUCACCAGGAGUCAUUUCAUGCCUAUUUUGUACGAGAUUUUAGCUCAUUUACCAUAGUUUGUUUUCAGAUCCAUUUUUAAGAAAGUUCUCUUCCUGGAGUCUCGCAGCAUGACAAGUCUAUGUUGAAGACAGCAUGCGGUGACUGUGAGGCGGGCCCCAUCCUGAGUCUGUACGAUGAAGAGCCCGGUGCACAGGUGCAGGGACGUGGAGAGGCAGGCUGCCUGCCUGCAGACUGAGCAGCCGUGUGUCCCCGUCUCCCAGCACAUCCCCAGCGGCAUGUGGUUUAUCAGGGACGCGUGUGGCAUCGUGUGUGGAGUUAUCACCUGGAUGUUGGUGUUCUAUGCUGAGUUCGUUGUGCUCUUCGUCAUGCUGUUGCCUUCUAAAAACCUGACCUAUAGCUUAGUCAACGGGACUGUGUUCAACACUCUGGCCUUCCUGGCUCUCGCCUCUCACUUCAGGGCCAUGUGCACCGACCCUGGAGCUGUGCCAACAGGAAACGCCACGAAAGAGUACAUCGAGAGUCUUCAGCUGAAGCCGGGACAGGUGGUGUACAAGUGUCCCAAGUGCUGCAGCAUCAAGCCUGACCGGGCACAUCACUGUAGUGUGUGUAAGCGCUGCAUAAGGAAGAUGGACCACCACUGUCCCUGGGUUAACAACUGUGUGGGAGAGAACAACCAGAAGUUCUUUGUGCUCUUCACAAUGUACAUUGCACUCAUCUCCCUCCACUCUCUGGUGAUGGUGGUCUUCCACUUCCUGUACUGCUUCGAAGAUGAUUGGACAAAGUGCAGUUCCUUCUCACCUCCUGCGACCGUCAUCCUCCUCAUCCUCCUGUGCUUUGAGGCCCUCCUCUUCCUCAUCUUCACCUCUGUGAUGUUCGGGACUCAGGUCCAUUCCAUCUGUACAGACGAGACGGGCAUCGAACGUCUGAAGGGGGAGCAGGCCAGGUGGGAGAAGACUUCCUGCUGGGAGGCGAUGAAGUCGGCGUUUGGAGGGCCCUUCUCCCCAUCCUGGCUCAGUCCCUUCUCCGACCUCCGCUGUAAGAGGGAUCCCAAUGACCACGUGGCGCUGCCGCAGGGGGAGAUCAUCGAGGAGGACAUCAUAGAGAUACCGCUGGUCUAGUGUCAUGAGACUCCCGUAGAACUAGAAUGAACAGAAUGGCCGUCCCGUAGAACUAGAAUGAACAGAAUGGCCGUCCCGUAGAACUAGAAUGAAUAGAAUGGCCGUCCCGUAGAACUAGAAUGAAGAGAAUGGCCGUCCCGUAGAACUGGAAUGAACAGAAUGGCCGUCCCGUAGAACUAGAAUGAACAGAAUGGCCGUCCCGUAGAACUAGAAUGAACAGAAUGGCCGUCCCGUAGAACUAGAAUGAACAGAAUGGCCGUCCCGUAGAACUAGAAUGAACAGAAUGGCCGUCCCGUAGAACUAGAAUGAACAGAAUGGCCGUCCCGUAGAACUAGAAUGAAUAGAAUGGGCGUGGAACCUAGCACCCUGGCAGGUUUUGACUGGUGAACUCCUGGGUACACUUGCUAUGGAAGCCUGGUGUUGUGAUCCAAUAUGGUGUCGUUGACUAAAUAAUUAGGAGGGUGAUUUACAUUUGUCCUAUUUCAGACAUGUACCAGUGUGUAUUAUACACGUGUGAAUUGUACAUUUUUUAUUUUUCUGCAUAUCUCAACUCUCCCUGAGACACCCUCCGGGGGGAGGGGGGGAGGAGAUCUGGACUAGGCUUUUAUAGAGAUGCCAGUUCUAUUCAUUCUAUUUCUAUACAGACUCCACUGGUCUAUUGCGGUGUCCUUCCUACAGUGCUACUGCUGCUUGGACCAAAGCCUUAAAGGGACCCUACACCAAAUGUCCUUUUAAAGAAUGAGCCACAAAAUGUCCAGGUCGAUACCCCUGGUGAUGUGAACGAGGUACAAAUCCCAACGAAGACGAGAGUUGGAUUGUACCCAAACGGGCUCUUUCAGUACUCCAGAGCAUCUCCUGCAUACACAGCUCUACAUGGUUCAGUAUGGGAUGACCUCUAGAAAAUGACCUGUGGACUAUGCAGAAUCUAGACUGUCCGUUGCCUUUAAUCUUACUUCACUGAGUGCCUUUAUAAACUGGCAAGUUGAGACUUGACAGUUACUGGCCUUGUUCUACUGGCCUUGUUCUACUGGCCUUGUUCUGCAUGGUAUGCAAAUGAGGUGGUAGCAGUUACUGGCCUUGUUCUACUGGCCUUGUUCUGCAUGGAAUGCAAAUGAGGUGGUAACAGUUACUGGCCUUGUUCUGCAUGGUAUGCAAAUGAGGUGGUAGCAGUUACUGGCCUUGUUCUGCAUGGUAUGCAAAUGAGGUGGUAGCAGUUACUGGCCUUGUUCUGCAUGGUAUGCAAAUGAGGUGGUAGCGGUUACUGGCCUUGUUCUGCAUGGUAUGCAAAUGAGGUGGUAGCAGUUACUGGCCUUGUUCUGCAUGGUAUGCAAAUGAGGUGGUAGCAGUUACUGGCCUUGUUCUGCAUGGUAUGCAAAUGGGGUGGUAGCAGUUACUGGCCUUGUUCUGCAUGGUAUGCAAAUGAGGUGGUGACAGUUACUGGCCUUGUUCUGCAUGGUAUGCAAAUGAGGUGGUGACAGUUACUGGCCUUGUUCUGCAUGGUAUGCAAAUGAGGUGGUAACAGUUACUGGCCUUGUUCUGCAUGGUAUGCAAAUGAGGUGGUAGCAGUUACUGGCCUUGUUCUGCAUGGUAUGCAAAUGAGGUGGUAGCAGUUACUGGCCCUGUUCUGCAUGGUAUGCAAAUGAGGUGGUAGCGGUUACUGGCCUUGUUCUGCAUGGUAUGCAAAUGAGGUGGUAGCGGUUACUGGCCUGUUCUGCAUGGUAUGCAAAUGAGGUGGUAGCGGUUACUGGCCUUGUUCUGCAUGGUAUGCAAAUGAGGUGGUAGCGGUUACUGGCCUUGUUCUGCAUGGUAUGCAAAUGAGGUGGUAGCGGUUACUGGCCUUGUUCUGCAUGGUAUGCAAAUGAGGUGGUAGCGGUUACUGGCCUUGUUCUGCAUGGUAUGCAAAUGAGGUGGUAGCAGUUACUGGCCUUGUUCUGCAUGGUAUGCAAAUGAGGUGGUAGCGGUUACUGGCCUUGUUCAGCAUGGUAUGCAAAUGAGGUGGUAGCAGUUACUGGCCUUGUUCUGCAUGGUAUGCAAAUGAGGUGGUAGCAGUUACUGGCCUUGUUCUGCAUGGUAUGCAAAUGAGGUGGUAGCGGUUACUGGCCUUGUUCUGCAUGGUAUGCAAAUGAGGUGGUAACAGUUACUGGCCUUGUUCUGCAUGGUAUGCAAAUGAGGUGGUAGCGGUUACUGGCCUUGUUCUGCAUGGUAUGCAAAUGAGGUGGUAACAGUUACUGGCCUUGUUCUGCAUGGUAUGCAAAUGAGGUGGUAGCGGUUACUGGCCUUGUUCUGCAUGGUAUGCAAAUGAGGUGGUAGCGGUUACUGGCCUUGUUCUGCAUGGUAUGAAAAUGAGGUGGUAACAGUUACUGGCCUUGUUCUGCAUGGUAUGCAAAUGAGGUGGUAGCGGUUACUGGCCUUGUUCUGCAUGGUAUGCAAAUGAGGUGGUAACAGUUACUGACCCUGUUCUGCAUGGUAUGCAAAUGAGGUGGUAGCGGUUACUGGCCUUGUUCUGCAUGGUAUGCAAAUGAGGUGGUAACAGUUUUUAAACUUGUUCUAUCUGUAUUAUCAUGUCAGAGAAUUACAUGACCUUUACGCGUGUGUUAAUUAAAGGGCCUUAUCUAAA